UUUUUUUAGGAAAUAGCAGUGUCAAUGUUUUUUCCCUCCUAACAAAUGACGCAUCACUUCCUGUUUCUGUUGCACUACAGAAACCACUUCAUUGCGUGCUCAGUAAGUAAACCUUAUGGGCUUUGGGAUUGUAGUGUUUCUCAGCUCAGCAGGUCUCAUCAGGACUCGUCACACCUGUUCUGUCACUAAGAGAGACGUCCCUCCGGGUCAGGUCUCAGGGGAAUUCUGCUGUUUCAUCAUUAGCACUAUAAGAGUCAGGGACAGUCGUCUGUAACUGCUACAAGACACAUCACUCUCCUCAGACUUUCAGAUUUAACCUCACUCUCAGUAACAGGACUCCUACAAUGCCUCAUCUUUUAGAGAAGGGUCUGGAUCAGGAUCAGGACCAGGAUCAAACGGAUGCAGCGGGAUCUCGUUCCAGUCCCGAGAGAUUUUUGGGGCAGAAUUACGAAGAGCUGCACAGAGAUUUUGUUAAACAUAAAGCAAGAUUCCUUGAUAAUAAAUUUCCCCCAAAUGAGAGCUCCAUUGGUGAAGGCCUGCUGUCUGACAGUGAAAUGGCAAGAGUGGAGUGGAGAAGACCAACGAAAAUGGUGGCAGAUCCUCAUCUUGUUGUAGAUGGAGAGUCGAGGUUUGACCUUGCCCAGGGAGAGCUUGGAAACUGCUGGUUUCUGGCUGCAAUCGGUGCCAUUACGUUUCGGCGAGACAUUAUGGAUGAGAUCGUCCCUGAAGGCCAGUCAUUCAGAAGGGAUUACGCUGGAAUAUUUCAUUUUAGGUUCUGGAGGUUUGGGAAGUGGGUGGAUGUUGUGGUAGAUGAUAAAUUACCCACAAUCGAUGGACAGCUGAUCUUUGUUCACUGCAAAACUCGCAAUGAGUUCUGGCCUGCGCUGCUGGAGAAAGCCUACGCCAAAGUGUGUGGCUCCUAUGCAGAUCUUCAUGGUGGAUUGAUAUCUGAGGCUCUGUGUGAUUUCACUGGAGGGGUGUAUUUAACACUCAGACUGAAGGCAAAUCAUCCGGAGCACUGGGCUCUCCUGCACCGAGCAGCACAAUACAAAUCAUCUAUGGGCUGUGGAUCACACCCAGGGGCCACUUCUGCUAAUACAGAGCUUGCCAACGGUAUAGUGGAGGGUCACGCCUACGCCGUUACUGGAGUUACCAAGGUAACCAGUGAAGGGAAACCAGUUAAACUGGUCCGUCUCCUGAAUCCGUGGGGACAUAAAGAGUGGAACGGUGACUGGAGCGACAGAUCACCGCUGUGGGGAUCUAUUAAUGCCGAGGAACACAGAAAGCUGUUACAAAUGAAAGACGAUGGAGAGUUCUGGAUGUCAGUGGAGGAUUUCUGCAAAAACUUUUGUAAUGUGGAUAUCUGCUGUCAGAGUCCAGCGUUUCUCGAUGGAUCGUCAGAAAGCAGCUGGACGACGGCAAGCUAUCAAGGCCGGUGGGACGAGAAGACAGCCGGGGGAUCCAUGGAGUACACACAGAGUUUCUGGAUGAACCCUCAGUAUCGGGUGAAGAUUCCUGCGAUAGAGACGGACAAGACCAAAGCACAUGAGUUUAACCUGCUGGUGUCUCUCAUGCAGAAACCCAACAGCAGACACAGACGUCACAUCCAAAACCAUCCCUUUGGGUUCAGCGUGUUUGCGGUUCCUCCAGAGCUAGAGGAUAAGAAAUCGUUUCCUGCCACAUUCUUCACCUCCAGCGUUCUAGUGGCCCAGUCCAAGAUCCAAUCAAACACCAGGGAGGUUGUGGAGUACCUGAGACUGAAACCUGGACACUACCUCAUCGUACCGUUCACCCACAAACCCACAGACACCGCCUCCUUCCUCCUCACACUACACUCAAAGAUUAAACCCCACUGACGAUGUGACGGUGAAAAAAGACGUAGCAAAAGGAUCACAACAGGGCAAAACCUCACAUCUCUGCCUAUAUGUUGUGUAAUUUUUGGAUAAUUUGAAUUGUAUUGUAUAAUAUUUCUUUAAUCUUUGUGCACAGGAAAUACAUUGUUUAUGAGUCUUUAUUAAUCACGUAUACAUUACAGCACAGUAAAAUUCUUUUCACUGCGUACCCCAGCAUCUCAGGGUCAGACAUGAUACAGCGCCCCCUGGAGCAGAGAGGGUUAAGGGCCUUGCUCAAGGGCCCAACAGUGGUAGCUUGGCAGCGCUGGGGCUUGAACCCCUAACCUUCAGAUCAGUAACCCAGAGUCUUAACCCAGAGCCAUCACUGCUAUAAACAAUGAGCGCUUUUAUAACCAGUUUUGGUGCACUUUUCUCUUAGUAUUAACACAAUUAUCCAGUGAAACCUGUGUGUUAGUUAACCUGUGAGCUGCUGUGUUAACACUACAGCAGCACACCACAUAGCAGUACGCUGUAAGCUCUUAUCAUUCAGAUGGAUUUCUGUCAUUUAAACAUCAAGUUAGGAUCUAUAAGUAAAAUCGAAAUGUUUCUGAUUUAGAUUUGUCACUGGGCCACUGGUGUUAAUGUUUUUGAAGAAAUGGGAGGAUCUGAUCUGACAGGCCAAAAUAUAAAGAUUGCAAUAAAUAUUAUUUUCACAUUAUGUUCUGUAUGUACAGUAACUGAAACGGAAAGUUACAGCCUGUGACCGUUACAAAGCGCUGACACUGGAGACUCCUCCCAUGAAUGUCACACAAACACAUUUCUCCUUACAGAAAACUUCACCAUGCCAACGAUUACACAUGUUUUAAAAAUAUAUUUAUGCCAGAACCUGCCAGAUUCCACAAUUCAAUGAUUGUUAAUAAACUGUCAUUUCAAAAAGGAGGUGUUUGUUUGUGUUCAUAAUGAGCAGACUGAAAUAAGAAGCAAAAGGCUUAACUACACCAUGUCCCAAAUUAUUAUCCACAUUUUUUGUCUGUUUCUCCUAAACAGUCAGUAUGAUUAAGGAGUUUUUAAAAUUGUUUUAUCUUCAACAAUUAUAUUACAAUGUGGAUGUUAUUACAAGUGAAAGAACUGAUUGUGACAACAGCUUUAUUUAUAUUUUGGAAAGAACACAGAAUACAUUGUUCUGAAUUAUUGUGUCAAAUGCAGUUCAACAACAAAAACACUAUUUACAGUUCAAGUUACAUAUUAAUAAAUGAACCCUUCUUUGAGAUUAUUUUAACAAUUCUCUCAUCCACUGAACUUGUAAGUCCAUGUAUAGAUUCUGCCUGUAUUUUAUUUGAGGAUGCCCGUAUUGCCUCCUAGAGCUCCUGUUACGAGGUACACUUCCGCACACCCUCAUAGAUCGUCCUUUUAAGGAUGCUCCACAGGUGCUCCAAAGGAUUGAGGUCAGAAGAUGCUUGUAGAGUACAGAAGAUACAUGUAGACUCGGGCUUGAGCAGAACGUGGUCAGCCGUGUCGUUAGACUUAGGCGUGAGCAGAACUUGGUCGGCCAUAUCAGUAGACUUGGGCGUGAGAAGAACUUGGUUGUUAGGCUUAGAUAUUAGCGGAACUUGGUCAACUGGAUCAGCAGGCUUGGACGUGACAUCAGGAACUUGAGACUUCACUUGGACUUCAGAGACUGGAGACUUGACUUGGACCUCAGGGACAUGAAACUUGACUUGGACUUCGACCUCAGGGUUGAGCUCUGGUGCUGGAGCCUCCCUGUUGACCUCUAGCUGGAGCUCGGCAGGUGAGCCCACGUUGUGGGUCUCAGGUUCGAGCUCUGAGGUCGCCAGGUUAACCUCAGGCUGGAGCUCUGGAGCUGAGACCUCCCUGUGGGUCUCGUGCUGGAGCUCUGAGGCUGCCAUGUGGACCUCUGGCUGGAGCUCGGCG